AGGUGUACAAUCAGAAGUUCGAGAUCCUCGGCACGGACGAGUACACAGCCAAGUUUGUGCAGAACUCGGACCAGCCGCGUGCCUACGACAUGGACGCCGUGCUGGAGAAGGUCCGCGAGGCGAUGCGCCAGAAGUUCCCCCUCAUCCGGGACGUGUUCCGCAAGUUCGACCUGGACCACAACGGCGUAAUUACGCAGAGCGAAUUCCAGGAGGCGUUCAAGGCGCUGAACAUCCACCUGUCGAAGCAGGAUCUGCUCGCCAUAAUGAGGCACUUCGACACGCGCCAGGACGGCCAGGUCAGCUACAACGAGUUCUGCGACGCCGUGUGCGAGCGAGACUAUACACAGAGCAUGCUAGAGCCCAGGAAGGGCCUGGAGAAGGGCGACGACGCCGCGUACGAGGGCAGGGCUUCCGGCAAGGAGGAGGAGCGCCAGGAGACCGAGAGGGUCCGAAAGGCAGUCCGGGACAUCGGCGACAUUGUCUACAAGCACACCCAGGUAAAGACCAGACUGAUGAAGGAGUUCGGGAAGAUGACGCACAGGCCGACCGUGUCCGUGCAGCAGAUCCAGGGAGCGCUCGGCAGCCUCGGUUUCGACGUCGACCUGGACGACGUCAUCCGCGCCGUGCUGUACACGCAGCCCGAUGCCGACCUCGCGGAGGUGAGCUACGUCGACUUCUUGAAGGCCCUCGACACGACUUUCCACGAGAACUCCAAUCCCCGCUGAGAGGCGCCCGGCCCUUGCGCGCCCUCCGCCCCGCCGACCCCCGCAGCGGGCGAGGCGAGCCGAGGCGCGCCGCCCUGGCAGCGCCGAGGAGGGCUGAGGGCGGUGGGCCUGGCGCAGUUCGCUUGCCCUCCACCUCCUCCUCCUCCUCUUUAUCCUCCUCCUUCUUCU